AUGCAGCGGUGGCCCACGCUCAGCCACACCAAAGCCUUCGUGCCCCGCACGCCCGUCGGCGGGGCCCAACCUGUGCACCUGCCGUUAUCACCCACUGUGACUGGGUUCGCAACGUACACUCCGAGCCCGCCCAAUCGACCUCCGUCGCCCAUGUUUGGGCCGCUGAAGAACAAGUUCUUCUACGUUCAGCAUGCGGGUGUGGAUGAGACAGAGCGUGUCCGCAUCGAGACGUAUAUUAAAGCGAUGGAGGGCACGGUCAUGCCCCAUCUCAAGGGCUGGCAUAUCCUUCCUGCUUUAAUCCUCGUCUCUCCGCCGCGGGACAAGAUCAUUCGCCGAUUCCGUGUGAAGGAGCCCGACAACGUUCACCUUAAAGAGGAACACGAGCUCACUCCCGCCCACAGACGGCAUCGCGUCGAGAUGCUCGACAGUAUCCUCGACGUCGAGAAGGACCAGUCGCCGCAGUACCUUCGCCUCCGGAAUGCUCCACCUCCCGAAACCCUCGACUGCGAGGCCAUCGUCUCCCUGUAUGGCCUCAUCAACGACACCCCGCACGAGAGGGCGCCCGAAGGGCCGCCGUACGAUGAUGAGCCGCGGCGCUGGGUUACGGGUACUGGCAAUCGCAGCUGGCGAGUCUUCGACGUCCAGUGGUUUUAUGACUACGAGAAGCAGACGACAUGGGAGGCAGUGCACAACUUCCGCGACCACUACGAGAUCACUGGUCGCUGGGUGCCAGCUCGCGCCGGUACGGCACCGUCGGCCGGCAUGGUGCACUCAGUUGAGCCGGAGCCUCUUCAGUCCGUCACAGCGUCUGUGGGACCACACCCCUCGCAUUCGGCAACGGAGAUGGUUGCGGUGACUAUCUCAGCCGCGGAAAACGCACCUGAUCCCACUCCUUGUGAUCCAACGUUGCCUCUCGUUUACUCUGCACCGACUCACUCUCCGACGCCGGCGCCUCCGGUUUUCACUACACCGCCGCCCCCCGCUUCAAUGUCACUGCGACCCCUCCUGACUCCAGCGCCUCCCUCCUUGACGACGGCUCUGGCGCCAACGAAUACGUCGGCAACUUCUCCUCCGCCUUGCAGUGCAUCUCCUCCCCCAUCCUCACCUUCUCCUGGUGGCCCCGUCUCGCCAAUCGCGGUUGAGGUGGAGGGAUCGACAUCACUCUCCGCUUUCAUCGAUCCCCAGGCCACGUCACCGCCUCCAGACAGCCCUCUCAUCCCGCCACUGCUUAAUACAAUCCUUCCUGCUACGCCGCAAGUCAAGGAGCUGGGCUCUCCCACACUUUCCGUCCUGGGUAUGCCAUCCAAGUCGGCCAUCCCGCAGUCAUCGCCGACAGAGCCAUCACCAACUGAGUCACUGCCGACCGAAACAACCUUCGCCGUCAUCGCGCCUCCUCCGACUCCUCCCCUUCAGUGCCUCUUUUUUCCUCACCUGGCCUCUGCUCCUACAUCUGCCCCGCCAUCCUCUCCAAACCGUGAACUCAUCUCCCUCAGGUACCUGGCAAGUGAGGGCAGCUCGAGUCCGGAAAACCCGAUGGACGCUGCCAGAGGUAGUCCCACCCAGCUCCAGGCAAGUCUUCCAGCAGUUCCUACAAUGGUCGACGAGGAGCAGUACGCGGCGGCUUGUCCAGGAAUGCCGGUCGCUUUGAGCUCUUCCAACGAGCGCCCCGCCGAGGUUCAUGCGAUGGAGGGGCCGGCUGUACCUCCUUCCGUGACAGCACAAGACGAUUGGGUUUCAGAUCUGCAAGACCCUCCGCCGCCUUCGAGCCCGCCGUACUCUCCUCAACUUGAGGCCACAUGGCUCAACGAAAACCCCGAGGUCACACGCUCUCCCACGUUCGGGCCUCUUGAUCUUGCUGGUCUCGAGUCUCCCAACCCUGACAUCGCUCUCGAUCUUCCCAACCCUGUAGUCGCCCCCAGCGACGGCUCCAGCAGCAUUACCGAGGUUGAGGAGGAGAUGCGUUCGGCAGAGAGCGACAAGAUGGUGGCAGAUGAGAGUGACGAGGUGGUUGCGGCCGAGAGAGAGGAGACGCCGGCAACCCGGAACGACGAGAUGGUAGGGGAGGAGAGCGACGAGAUGAUGGAUAUCGACCCAUUUGUCGAGCCUCUGCCCGCCUCUGAUGUUCCACCACCAUCAUCGAUGGUCGCCGAGAACCUCACCAUCCCAGACGCUGCCCUUGAGACACCAGUCCCGGUGAUCCCUCUUACAUCCACAGAGUCGCCAUCGGGCUCAUCGCUCACACCGUCGCCUCCAUCUCCUAGGCCAGCACGUCACAGUCCCCUCGCCAUUACAGCUGCGAUGCCGCCGAUUUCGCCCACCAAGCAUAUCUUCGCUCCCGCUGGAGCUCCAUUACGACUCGUCCUGGUCGGAUGUAGUGUGGCUUUCCGCCGGGCGUUGGAGGCCAACGGCGCGUACAUUACAACCAUCCAAGAGAGUCCCCAUUUCGUGGUGCUUCACCUCAAGUCCGGCGAGACCGUCGACACUUACCCAGACCUCCUCACUCAGCAGGCCCAGUUCUCGAGCCCUUUCCACGUGAAUGUCGUCACCUCUCAGUGGGUGUUCAACUGUAUCUCCGCAGACGAUCUCUGUGAUUGGCGACGUCACAAGGUGACGGUACCAGUGCCGGCACUGGCAUUACCGACCCCGACCAAGUCAAGCCCAUCAUCGCCAAUCAAGGGGAGCCCUUCAUCCUCCCCUCUCCAACCCCCGCCGUUCGUCACCGCAAAGCCACCGCCAGUCUCGUCGACGAAGCCCACCAAGGCAUCCACCAGCACGAAGGGAAAUCUACAAAAGCCUGUCGACUAUCGCGACGUGGACUCAGACCCGCCGGAAAUGGGCAGCGGCGACGGAGGUAUUGUUGAGGACGAGCGCGAUCUCGCCCACGGGCGCGAUCCUCUCGACAACGGACGUUCAAGCCUUUUGACGUCUCCACCAUACGCUAAGAACGACUCACUUCCCCUCAUUCUUACCGCCGCUGACGACGAUCACGAGGGGGAGCCUGUGGAGCCCGUGGAGCCUGUGGAGCCUGCCGAGCCGGGAGGGGCUGAGGAGAUACCGGAGCCAACCUGGCAGAAGCCAUCUCACCGUGCCGCCACUCUUGCCAUGGUUGCAGCACUCAAUGGGAUGCCCAGCCAAUCAGAGGUCACGGAACGCGACUUCAUGAAGCGCAAGUUUGGUGUGGAUGGGGCCGCAUUGGCAGCCAGCACCAUUAGGAGGCAGUACAACGGAUUCUUAAACCAGCAGUGCGUCGGGUAUCGGCGGAGGAUUUUCGGCGACGGCGGUCCCAAUUGUCAUGUCGGACCUGCCGUAGGUGUACCAGCAACGGAUGUUGAGGAGCCUCUCUGGGCCUCGGCUGGCCACAAGGAGGCUGUCGAAGCGCUCAUUGCGGCCGUCUGCGCCUUUCCGGAGCCGAUCAAGACUUCACUCUACAAAUGGCUCUCGAAUGCGACUUUCGGGCCCACUGCCGUCAAAGGAGUAUCGUUUUACCCCCAGUACAAGUACUACCUCAAGCAGAGGGUCCCGAGCAUCGAGGCGAUGUUUGCGUACGACCGUUCCUCUAAUGCCAGUGGCCCAUACGCACAGCCCCGUCACUUUGACGCUCCUGGCACCAACAAAGACAGUGAAGACGAGUGCGACAACAUGGAUGAUCAUCACCUGGACGACGAACCUGUGCCUGAACUGGAGUGGAAGCAGCAGCAGCGUGUGCCAAACCUGGAGGCCAUGUUCCUGUAUUCGAGCAAUCGCCGUGGAUAG